AUGUCUGUCAUCCAUUCUGAAACAGACACCUAUGACAUUAUUCAGAUUCUGGGCAAAGGGACGUUUGGUGAGGUGGCAAAGUGCUGGAAGAGGAGCACCGGCCAUUUUGUUGCCAUCAAGAUCCUCAAAAGUGACUCAUAUAGAGCUCGUAUCAUCAAAAACGAAUUAAAAAUGUUAAGAGUGCUGGGGUCAGUGGACCCUGACCAAUACCACUUCAUCCGAUUCUACGAAUGUUUCCAUGAUGAUGUAAAGUCAUACUUGGUGUUUGAGCUCAUGGAACAGAACAUAUUUGAGUUCCAGAAGGAGAACAACUUUGCCCUCCUCCCAGCCAGGCACAUACGGACAAUUACCACCCAGGUCCUGAGGGCACUCCAGAAACUUAAAGACCUAUCAAUCAUCCAUGCUGACCUCAAACCAGAGAAUAUCAUGAUCAUUGACCAGAAGCGAUUCCCCUUCCGUGUGAAAGUGAUUGACUUUGGAUCAGCAAGCAUAUUUCAUGAGGUGCGGUACGUUAAAGAACCGUACAUUCAGUCCCGCUUUUACCGCUCACCUGAGAUUCUCCUUGGCCUUCCCUUCUGCGAGAAGGUGGACAUGUGGUCCCUGGGCUGCGUGAUGGCAGAACUGCACCUGGGCUGGCCCCUUUACCCUGGCAACAGUGAGUACGACCAGAUCAGGUACAUUGUUGAGACACAAGGGCUGCCCAAGGACCACCUCCUGAAUGCAGCCACCAAGGCCAACCACUUCUUCAGAAGGAACCCCCGGCAGCACUCCGCCCAUCAGUGGCAGCUCAAGUGCGCCACUGACUACCAGGCCGAGACCAUGGUCCAACCACUGGAGAGACGAAAAUAUGUGCUAAAGUCCUUGGACCAACUGGAGACUAUUAACAUCACCAAGACCGUCUUCCCAGAUGAUGAGGUCAUUGCUGAGUUUCACGAUCGCAAAAAUAUGGUGGAGCUCAUCAAAAGAAUGCUUACCUUGGACUCCCACGAGCGUAUCACACCCAGUGCAGCGCUGAAGCAUCCCUUUGUCACUAUUCAGCAGCUCAAAAUGACCCACGAACACACCAGAUAUUACGACCUAUCAAUCCAAGGCCUCAACGCGGCUCUGAACUGUGACAGGAGGGUGCUGGCUGACCACCAUUACUACAACACGGCCGACGAGGUCUACUACCCAAACUCUGAUUACUACGAGUGCCGGCAGUCCCACCACAUCCCCAGCAUCAGCUCAAUGCAGAGGGCCAUUGACAAGAUGGACAGCUUGACCAUUGAGGAGCCGGGAGCCCUGAGCAUGUGGCCUGAUGGAGCAGGGAAUGCGGGCUACCAGCCUUCCACCUCAAAGGCAGGCAGUUCCACUUGCCUACCCCAUUCGUACCAUCAGGGUGCUUGCUGUAGGGCCAGCCAUCCUUCACAUCGGCACAGGAAAGAGCCUGCCAUGGGCUAUUACACCAACCGAUGUGGAAUGAAGCAGCGGAAGGCUCCUCACCAUUCCCAGUCAGAUCCGAGCUUUGGGAAUGUGAUUCUGCUGGGGCAGGAACCUUCUACAGAGGCUAUCAACUGGGAGGAGGAAGAAACAGAGGCCAUCUUCUCCACAGCCUCGUCAUCAGCCCAGGAGGCAGACCGGCCCGAGGAGCUGCUGGCAACCAAACAGCCUUCAGGUCCUGAGGUAAACCCGGUGAAAGCACAUGGCAAUCGUGGGGUGCUGCCAGGGUGUUCAGGCAGCAACCAGCUCUACAAACGGUUAAUCGAGUACUUUAUUGGCAAAGGUGCAGCGGGUAAAUACUGCAAAAUUCAGCGGAUGUUUGGGUUUGGAAAAAAUGAAACUGGGACUAAAGUUUUCAGGGUUUUUGCUUGUUUCUUCGCUGGGCAACAGGAGUGGGCAGUGAACACAAUGGCAUUAGUACAGUGA